AUGCCGCGUGCGCCGCCGAAGAAGCGCCAGAGGGUCGACGAGUCGCCCCAGCCGCAGCCCGGUGCCAUGCAGACCCGCUCGAAAGCGUCCACACAGCGUGCCGCACCCCCACCUCAACCCGCUUCGAAGAGCAGGCAGGUCGUCGACAUUACCGACACGGACGACGACAUGCUGGGCGGGGAGGACGACGAGGAGGCAUUCGAGUACGAGAGCGACAUCGGCUCGGCGGCUGGAGGCAACGCGGGAGCAGAGGACGGCGACGAGGAGGACGAGGAGGGAGCGGGGGAAGUCGACGACGAAAGGGACGCUGAGAUCAUGGUGCUCAGCUCGGACGACGACAGCAGUGCCCAGGAACCUCCGCCCGAGCUGCCCAAAGCCAAGGGCAAGCUCACCGCCCGCAAGCAGUUCGCGCUGGACAUCGACGACCUCUGGAAGCGGUUCGCGGGCACCCAGGACGAGCUUGUGACCGGCUUCAAGCGCGACGACGGCGACGACAUGGUCCGCUUCUCGCUCAAGCACCCGAAAUUCCCUCGCGGCCUCAAGCUCUCGCUCAUGUUUCCCGAACUCGGCGGCUACCCGAAGACCCACGAGGUCAUGUGCUUCACGGAGAACGAGGACGUGCCGCCCGAGGUCGAGGUUGCGCUCGGAGAAGUCGCCCAUCUCCCCAAGCAGGCCGACCGCUCGCUGAACGGCGUCGUCGAGUUCCUCAUCCACCGCAUCGUCCGCCUCCAGCCGAACCCGUGGGCGACGGCCGCGACGCAGCAAGACACGGACGACGAGAACUUUGACUACGAAGACGAGCUUAUGGACGCUGGCAUCAACAUCGCCAAGGAUAGCGAGCUCAUGAAAGCGCUCAGGAGCGACUUCAAGCAGCUUCUCGACGCCGGCUUCCGCCCGGGCUUCACGCGUGUCUCGGAACUCGAACUCGUCGUCUCGGUCUCGAAGCGCGUCAACCUGCUCGGCGUCCCUGCGCGCGCGCUGCAAGCCUGGGAUUCGCGCUUGAUCACCGGCAAGAUCGUCUACCUCGUCUGCCUCAUGAGCUUCGGCCGCUACCCGGUCGACCUCGACAACCAGACGAGCGGCCAGGUAAAGUUCAAGGUCGGCAUCUCGCCCAAGUACAAGCCGAGUAAGGCGGCCAUUGCGUCGGCCUUCCGCGCGCACACGUCGAAUCCGUACACGUCAGGCGAAUUCGAGGCCAUCUCGCUCUCGAACCCGCUCGACGCCCUCAUGAACGACAAGUUCCAGGAGAUCCUCUUUACGCGUCGCUGCAACGACCGCGUUGGAUGGGCGGGCGCCGAGCAGCACUGCUUCCAGCACGGCAAGACGGAUACCGGCGUCGAAAAGAAGAAGGCGCGCGCGGCCGACAAGGAGGAGAAGGACCUCUCGGAGGCCCACGCCAAGCUGCUCCCGAGGGACCCGAUGUCGAGCUCGUCGACCGCGAACAACUUCCCCCUCCUCGCCUUCUCCUACCUCGUCCGCCGCUUCAUCAUGUGCCCACGCUUCUGCCUCAACUGCUACAAGCGCUGCGACGAGAAGAUCACGUCGCUCAAGCCAUUCGUCUGCGACAACCCUCUUUGCCUCUUCCAGCUCAUCCAGCUCGGCCUCGGCCCGUCCCUCGAGCACGAGAUCACGUCCAACACGGCCGCAGUCGAUCUCCUCGUCCAGCUCGCGUACAUCGGCGCGAAAGAAGGCGGCCUCAAGGGCGAACUCCUCCCGAACGGACUCGGGCUCCAGGUUCCCGAGACCGCCAAGGCGCCCGAGCAGAUCAAGCCCGAUGACCCGACUGUCGACUUUGAUUCGCUCACCGACGAGAACCAGAAGCGCGCCGGGAUCGCGGCGCUCAUUGCGCAGCUACCGCCGAUCGACGAAAUGAGGCGUUGGUUGCUUGGGCUCGACAUGACGGACGACGAGCGCCUCCUCAACAAGAUUCGCAAGUUGACGGACAUGCGCGACGGCAAAGUCCCUCUCUCGGCAUGGCGCCUCCUCCGCUUCAUCGUCGCAUCGAACACGGCCUACCUCAAGCAGAUCGACGACCCCGACGAGUUGGUCCAAGGCGUCCCGUGCGACUACCGCCAGUUCAAGCUCAUCGUCGGCUCGCCUCUCAAGGAGCAUCUCUUCACCGAGUCGGUCAAGGCGGCGCAGGCGAAGGACAGCAACGCCGUCCAGUUUCCGACUCUCUUCGCCUGGCACGGCUCGGCGACCAAGAACUGGCACUCCAUUCUGCGCACGGGUUUGCACUAUCGCGAGGUGAUCAACGGUCGCGCGUACGGCGCGGGCUGUUACUUCGCUCGUGAGGGCGAAGUCUCGCUUGGCCACUACGCUCAGCCCACCUCGACAAUGUGGAAGAACGCCGACUUUCCGAUUUCCAAGAUGGCCGCCAUCUGCGAGAUCACCAAUCUCCCUACGGAGUUCGUCUCGAACAACCCGUACUUCGUCGUCUCGGAUAUCAGCUGGAUCACGUGCCGCUACCUCCUCGUCCAGCGGAUGGCGUCCUUCGCCGACGGGACCGAGACUCAGUCCGUUGCAAAGACCGGCUCGAGUGACCUCGUCAAGGCUGGCCGCAUCAAGACGCUGGCGCUCGACCCGAAGUACCCUAUCACGCUCAAUCGCACCAAUGUCGAGUUCCCCGACGUCGGCGACAAGCUCGAGAAGCUGGAGAAAUCGCUCUCAAACGAGCCAGAAGACCUGCACGACUCGGACACGGAGAUCCUCAAGGAGCCGCCUGCGCCCGCGCCGUCGAACAAGCUCAAGAGGACGCAGUCGGGCACUGCGGCGGCUCCGGCUCCUCGCGAGGUCGACAAGUUCGUUCCGGCGGACGCCAAGCGUCUCGAGGUGCUCAAGAUGCUCCCGCCGCCCAAGAACCCGAACAAGGCUGCCGUGUCGAUGAUCCAGCGCGAGAUGAAGUCGAUGCUCAAGGUGCAGGCGCAGGAGGGCCCGACCCGCGCCGGGUUCUACUUCGACCCCGAGCGCUCGAACGACAACCUUUUCAACUGGAUCGUCGAGCUCCCGCUCGAGUCGUUCGACCAGGACAUCCCGCUCGCGAAAGACAUGCGCCAGAGGGGCGUCAAGAGCAUCCUCAUGGAGAUCCGCUUCGGCGACACGUAUCCUUUCUCGCCGCCCUUCUUCCACGUCGUCCACCCGCGCUUCAUGCCGUUCAUCAGGGGCGGAGGAGGUCACGUCACGGGCGGCGGAAGUAUCUGCAUGGACUUGCUCACGAGCGACGGCUGGUCGUCCGUCUACACGAUCGAUGCCAUUCUCUUGCAGAUUCGCAUGGCCAUGUCCAACCUCGAGCCUCGUCCUGGUCGCCUCGACGAGCGGGACUGGAACGUCCCGUACAAUAUGGACGAGGCCAUCGCCGGGUUCCGCCGCGCUGCCGCCACGCACGGCUGGACCGUCCCCGCCGAGCUCGACGCAUUUGCGCGCCAGGGCUGA